AAAUAUUGGAUUUUUACACAAUAUCCGGUUUUAACUUUUCCUUUUUUUGACAGCUCUGAAAAGCUGAGACUCUUUUUAUUAAAGAGUAAUAAUAAUCUGUGUACUUUUUCAUAAUCUGCGUAGAAAAAAACCAUAAAAUAUGGUGGUAAAAAAGCCAAUUAAAAAGAAGAAGCCAGUAACUAAGAAAGUUGCACCAGCACCCUUAGCUGAGAAGAAACCAGUCGUUACAAAAGUUGUUAAUCCCCUUUUUGAAAAACGGCCAAAGAACUUUGGGAUUGGUCAAAAUAUUCAACCAAAACGCGAUUUAUCCCGUUUUGUAAAAUGGCCUAAAUAUAUUCGUAUUCAACGACAAAAGUCAGUUCUUCAAAAGCGUUUGAAGGUCCCUCCACCAAUAAACCAAUUCAGCCAAACCUUGGACAAAGCGACAGCAGUAAAGGUAUUUAAACUUUUGGAGAAAUACCGUCCAGAAUCUGUUUUGGCUAAAAAACAGCGUUUGAAGAAAAUUGCUGAGGCAAAGGCUAAGGGUAAAGAUAUUACUCCAAAAAAGAAGCCUAUCUUUAUCCGGUCUGGAACCAACACUGUGACAAAAUUGGUUGAGCAAAAAAAAGCGCAAUUAGUCGUAAUUGCUCAUGAUGUUGAUCCAAUCGAAUUGGUACUCUUCCUCCCAGCCCUUUGUCGAAAAAUGGGUGUACCAUACUGUAUAGUUAAAGGAAAAGCACGUCUUGGACUUUUAGUACGUCGUAAAACAUGUACGUGCGUUGCAUUAUCUGGAGUUGAAUCAAACGAUAGAGCUAAUUUGUCUAAAAUUGUUGAAUCAGUUAAAACGAAUUAUAAUGAUCGACAUGAUGAAAUUCGUAGACAUUGGGGUGGUGGCCUUUUGGGUUCAAAGAGUUUGGCUCGUAUUGCUAAAUUAGAAAAAGCUAAAGCUAGAGAAUUAGCGCAAAAACAAGGAUAAAGUGUAAAAUCAAAAUUUGUAUUCCUUGGAUAUAAUUUUUAAGUUGAGACACUGUCUAAUAAAUAUGUAAACUAA